AUGCCCAGAACACGAAAUCAAGAGGCCGCCAAAAAAGAGGUGGUCUCCGACCAUCCUGAGCAGACGGAGGCUGCUCCCGAAAACCCACCAGCCGCAGAAGAGCCAACGACAGACAAGAAGAAUGAGGACGGAGAUACCGCGGCUAAUGCGGCGCGUGAGAGACUACAGAGAUUUAAGGCUCUUCAGGCGCGAGCGAAAUCUGGCGCCGAGCGCAACAUGAAGGAAACCGCAGCAGAGACACAACGACUUGCGACUGACCCAUCACUGCUGAACAAUCUAUCCCGCAAACACGCGUUUGCCUCCCACAACCUCCUCAAGGCGGACACGGAAGCUGCAGGAGAAGAUUUCGAACGCAAGAGGGCCUGGGAUUGGACUGUGGAUGAAUCGGAGAAGUGGGACCGCCGUCUAGAGAAGAAGCAGCGUCACCGCGAUGAUGUUGCGUUCCAGGACUACACUCAAGACGCUCGCAAGGUCUAUGAUCGCCAGAUGCGGGAGCUGCAGCCCAACUUAGAGGCCUAUGAGCAGGACAAGAUCGCUGCCAUCGAGAAGGCAGCUGCUAAUGGCGACCUGGAGAUUGUCGAAACCGCUGAUGGGGAAAUGAUUGCUAUCGACAAAAACGGCAGCUUCUACUCCACCGCAGACAGUACGGGCUUUACGGACAACAAGCCGGACCGUGCGGCCGUGGACAGACUGGUGACAGACCUCCGCAAGGCCGAAGAGGUCCGCCUGAAGAAGCGUAAGGAGCGCCGUGGCGACGAGGAGGCAGACGUCACAUACAUCAACGAAAAGAACAAGCAGUUCAACCAAAAAUUGUCGCGCUUCUACAACAAGUACACUACCGAAAUUCGGGACAGUUUCGAGCGCGGCACCAUGAUCUAA